ACAGCUUUCACUUCUCUAAGACCUUAAUGAAUUUCUGCUGUUCGUGACCUGUCCUAAAACACUCUUUUUUUCCCCCUCCUUUUCAAUCUGUGAGAAACCUUACAAUAAUAGCAUUACUCCCCGGAUUUCCCCUACCCCCAAAGCAACCUGGAGUGAUUGGGUCACCCAGUGCUGCUGAAGCCCCAGGAUCAGUGCUGAUAAGGGAGGUGGCUGUGGGGACAGGAGGCAGUGGGAGCUGCUGGCACCCCAAGAUAACCCCACACCCCACGCUGCGCGAGCAGGACAGGAACCAGGGCUCAGGCUGCAGCCCCAACGCUUCCUGUUCGACAGAAAGAAACACAGCAAAGCAGCAGCAGCACGAAGUUGUGGGAAUAUAGAGGACAGUGUUUGUGCCCUGCAGCACCGGGGUACAGCCAGAAACGUAACAGGUUGGAAAGCAAAGCUAAAGAACACGGUUGGUAAUUAGAGAGGGUAACUUUGGGCAGCGGCAGAAGGAUAUAAGGUAUUUGCGCACCAAGAAGGCCUCAACGCUUUGCUCAGCUCUGGGUGAGUAAUGGACCGUGUGUUUCCUUAAGCCUUACUUUGGUUUACAACAGCUUCUGGUUAACCCAAGUGCUGCAAGGCAGCUUGAGGGAUGCCUAGGUGGGCAACGGGGCCCCAGUGGGGCCAUAAAUGGGAACAGCAGGGUCAUUAUGGUAUGGAUAAUAACAUGUGCAAAUAGCCCGCUCAGCCUCUCAUGGCCCCAAACCCCUCCUGUUGGAAGCACAUGGCAGUAAGAACCACCCAAAAAAGAGGAACGUUGCUGAAAUCACCCAGGAAGCAUCAGGUAAAAAUUAGAGAUGCUUCAGAAGAUGUUGGAGGCUUCACAGAAUGGGAUAUUCAGACAAACACAGAGCACAGGGAGCGCCGCCCAUCUCCUAUAAGCACCGGAUCACCCAGCCCCACAGCCCUGUGCUGCAGCAGUGCUGUGGUUUGCAAGCACUUCCUCUGCCCUGUGCAGGAGCAACACGUUGGCUGGCACAUCCAGACCAAAGGAGAGGCUCAGUGCAGACUAACAAGCAUGGAUGUGUUAUAUACAUAAAUGGGUUUUUACUUGCUCACAUUCUUUCCCCUCUGUUAAACUCAGCAACUUCCUAAUUGCUUGAGACAGAACGAGACCAACAGAGUUUUGCUGGGAGGAAACUCACCCUGCAGAUGUGUGCUAUAGUGCAGGAACUCAGCUGCCCACCUGGUUUGGACCACAGAACACCCCCAAACACUGAGCAGAGGUGGAAUUUGUGCCCAAGGCAAAGUGGUAGCAGCUGGAUCAGCACCCACCCCACCAAGCAGCAGGAUGGGAUGGGUUACACAGUCAGCACCAGACAACAAACACAUCCCACUAUAAACCCCACCACCCCUUGGUUUUGACAGGACGGGAGGUCCCACCAUGAUCAGCCCCCCAGAACGGGCCCGACCACGGCGUGCAGGUGAGAGCUACGAGGAGAAGUGUGAGCGGCGGCAGGAGACACGUGAAGCCCUGCGGCGCCGUGGCCAUGCACACAGCACCCGACGUCCAGGACGCAUUGAGGAGCAGACACAGAGCCCACGGCAGCGUGAGUUCCUGCGUAGGAGGAACCUGGGGGGCACUGCUGAGGAGCUCAGUGCACCCAUCCUGCUACAGCGCCCAUGGAGUCACCCCGUGUGCCCAUCCACACUCCCCCCACUUGGGCUCAGCAGUCCUACAUGCAUUUUGGCUGAAGCCAUCCCUGGGCCACACACCUCUACAAGCACCCGAGGAACUCAGACUCCUGCAAGCACGAGGCUGAAGGACUCAGGCCAACAGACAGACUGUGGAAAUACAGUUUUCAGUAAGGAAAUCGUGCAGCUUUCUGGCUACCUGAAGGAGGCACUGCACCGUGAGCUGCUGCUCAAGCAGAAGAUGGUGAUCCUGCAGGAGCUGCUCGCCACGCUGCUUCACGCCUCUGAGAAGUCCUGGCAGGGUCAGCUGAAUGAAGAUAAACUCAAGUGUAAACUGAGGGCACUGGAAAAUCAGCUGCAGGCCUGUACCCAGAGUUACUCAAAGGAGUGUGUGAAGAAGAUCCUGAUAGAGAUGGAGGACCAGAAGCAGACCUACGAGCAGAAAGCAAAGGAGGCUCUGCAGAAAAUGCUCGAGGACAAACUCCAAGCUGAGCAACAGCUGCAAAACUCUCAGAGAUGCCUGGCAGUGACGAGGGAGGACCUUGCCCUCUGGAAGGAGCACUACACGAUGCUCAAAUCCGAGUGGUCCCAGAUGGCCAAGGCACACAGCGAACUCAAGAGCAACCUCCACACCCUGCAAAGCCAACUGCAGCACAUGGCCACACAGAAUGAGGAGCUCUGCCAAGCCCUGGAUCUCCUGCAGCACGAGCAUGCCGAGCUCCAACAGCACGCUGACAACCUGCAGCAGGACAACCAGCUCCAAGCCAAGCAGAUCCGCAACAUCGAAGGUAAAUUGCAAAAAGAGCAAAAUCAGAAACUAAUAUUGGAGGCAACAAUCAGCCAGCUGCACAACCUGAUGCAGAACCAGACCAACGAGCAGAAAACUCAGGACGUGAUGGUGCAAAGGAAAGAUCAGGUUUUCACCAUGCAGACCCCACCUCUCACUCCUGCCAAGGAAAUGCAGAAUGUUCUGUCCGAGCAUCCCAAGGAGAAGGCAGAAGAAAGCCUGAGGGAUGAGAUAAAGGAAAGGACAUCCCAGCUUACAGCAAAGGAGAAAGAGGUAUGUAUGGGCACACGAGCAGCAGAAAGGCAAAUCCCCCCUCGUCACACUGCUCUCACACAGGUGAACCACAGCUGCUGUAGGAGCCCGAGUGCUGGGGUGCUUGAAGUCACAGGGCUCCCUCCUCCUGACCCAUACCUCCAUUCUUCUUCUCCCCUCCAGUGCCAGGAGCUGCGUGCAGAGCUGGAGGCGCUGAGCGAGGAGUAUCGCUGCUGCUUGAGCCGCCUGCACCAGUGCCGCCAGGAGCUCAACCAAAGCCAGACAGUGAAGACACAACGUGGUAACUGGCUCCCUCUUCUGCUGGCAGUGAUAGUAGUGGCCACAGCUGCUGUGCUGGCCAUGAGCACCUCCUCAGUGACCUCCAUGCAGAACUGACUCCUGACCUGCUGGCAGCAACCUGCCCUCACUGCAGUCCUCCUUCUGCCACUCCUUGCCUGCUUCAUACCCCAAGCUGGUCUUGGCCAAACUGACAUGGCUCCAAUAAAUGUGGGGAGAUCAACCUUC